AUGUCCUUUGAAGUUCAAAGAGUGGUGGUGAUCGUGGAUGCUUCGGGAGAUGUUAGCCUGAGUGCAAUCAAAUGGGCCCUGCAAGGCUUACCACUUAAGCCUGGAGAUAAGCUCCUGCUUCUUGGAGUUCUCCACCAGGUUAUUAGUCCUAGUAUGUUAUCAAAGGCUGGAAAACUGCUGGGCUACAAGAUCAAAGUGGAUUCAAGGUCAAUACUUGGAGCAAAUCAGAAAACCAUAACGGAAGAAGUUGCACGAAAGAAGGAAGAGUACCUGAAUGAUAAGGAACUUAAGAAGAUAUAUCAAGAGUGCAAGAAAGCAGAGAUUGACUUCCUGAUAGAUGUGAAAGCUGGGGCUUUGCCUAAGGUUGUUGCUGUAAGGACUGCCAAGAGUUUUGACGCAACAUGGGUGAUACUUGACAGGCAGAUGAAGAAGGAUAAGAAGUACCUCAUGGAAAAUCUUUCAUGUGGAAUAGCAAGGGUAAAAAGCAAUAACCGCAUUGAAGAGUUGAAAGGGCAAAAAGCCAGUGUAAACAGUAAAGUGUCCACCGGGAAAAGCACUGGUGAGAGUAGAAGCUCUCCAGGUCCUGUUACAUAUUAUGAAAUGCUACCCAGCGGCACAGAGGACGAAUUGUCUCCCAGGAGUAAACUCUGUCUAAAUCUAUUCCGUGUUGUUUCAGGAUCUGUCAGUUUUCAAAAAAAUGACAAAACAAAAGGCGAGGGUGCUGGUGCGGAACCCCCACGGCAUCCUCCCAUAACAUCUGCAUUCUCUAAAUCUUCAUCAAGUGAGCAGCUGAUCACACCUACAGUUUCAACUUCAAGCCUGGGCUACACUGAAGCCUCAAGUUCUAGCUUUACUGAGGACCGGGGCUCCCCACUGUAUUUUCGAGACGAGGAGACUACCACAAACACAGAACAGGAAACUGCCGGAGAGCAAUCCCCGUUACUCACUGCAAACGUGCAAGAGGAAGAUAAGACAAAACCAAAUAGUGGAGUCAGUCUGGAAGAUUCCCAGAUACAUCCCAGCAGCAAGAACACUGAUUGCAUGGAAGAUUGUCAACAAAAUGAGCAAUUUAAAAACAAUAUAUGCUCAAUUUGUAAGAAUAAACGUCCAAAACUUGGAUGGAAGAGAGACUUCAAUUAUGCAGAGCUCCAAACUGCCACAGAAGGAUUCGCUCCAAAGAACUACCUCUCCGAAGGUGGCUUUGGUUCUGUCUAUAGAGGAGUGCUGAAUGGGCUGAAAAUUGCUGUUAAGCAACAUAAAAGUGCCAGUUUUCAAGGAGAGAAGGAAUUCAAAUCUGAAGUUAAUGUACUCAGUACAGCCAGGCAUGAGAAUUUGGUCAUGCUGUUAGGAUCAUGUUCAGAAGGAAAUCGCCGCUUGCUUGUGUACGAGUAUGUCUGCAAUGGUUCUCUGGAUCAACAUCUGUCCAGUAAGUAUCUAAUGCAUUGAAGGCGCAUGAUUUUUCUAAUUGUUGCUAUUCUAGUUCCAAGUCGCAUGAUAAUUUUCCUCUCGCACAUUGUAUGGAAUUGGGUUUUUCCUGAAUAUGAUAUGCAGAUAAAACUAAUAACAAGGAUAUGUUUUCCUGGUGCAGAACACUCUCGCAGACCUCUUACUUGGGAAAAGAGGAUGAGAAUAGCCAUGGGAGCCGCAAAAGGUUUACAGUAUCUCCAUGAGAAGAACAUUGUCCACAGAGAUAUGAGACCUAACAACAUCCUAGUAACACAUGAUUUUGAAUCACUGGUAAAUCCUACAGGAAUCCCUCGGAUCUUCAUAUGUUCACUUGAGUACUUUUUCAAUAAAAGCUGACAGAAUUGUGAAAUUCAACAACUCUGCUGUCUUCCUAAACAAUUGUAUCUCGUUUUUCCGAGUUAUCCUCAAACUCUUCAAAAGUAGGAAAUUAGUUCCAAAAAAAAUGAUACUGUGACAAAUGAGUUGUAUAUCUUAUAAUCAGAAAUGGACACGUAAAACCUAUAUUUUUGUCAUUAAAAAUGUUCUUUACAAGUUUAGCACCUAACUAAAACUUUCAUGAGAGGCAACAUAACAAAUCUGGCUAGAUUAAUACCACAUACAACUCAAUCUAUUAACCUGGUACUGGAACUAUUCUGCCAAACUGAAGUUUUCUAACGAAUUGCAUUUGUAUUAGCUAGGAGAUUUCGGUCUUGCAAAAACUCGACAUGAAGACUCGGAUUACAGCUCUGAGACAAGACUUGUUGGAACUCUAGGAUAUUUGGCCCCCGAAUAUGCAGAAUAUGGGAAAGUUUCUACCAAGACGGACGUGUACUCCUUUGGGGUCGUUCUGUUGCAGCUAAUAACAGGACUGAAGACCACAGAUAAAUCUCUUGGAGGAAAAAGUCUUGUAGGAUGGGUAUUGGCUUCUUUAUGCACUUCAACAUAUAAUUUUAUGUUGGCUAUAUGCACUUUGA